AUGGUGCUCCAGGCAUUAGAACACAAGCUCGAUCAGCAGUCCCGAGAUCUCAUCCUCGCAGCCUUUUUCGGCACGGCGAAGCAACCAGCGCUAUGCAGUGACUAUGAUGGAUUCUUUGGUCAUUAUGAAAGAGAAUUGAAACAGCUCCGAAUGGGUGUUUUGACAAAAUCAACUGUGCUCUCCGGAUUGGCCGUCAAGAAGCACGCGGAUAUUGCACAGCUGUGCUUGACUUUGCAACAGUGUGGAAGCCUCACUCGAGAGCAAAUACGCUUGAAGGUCCGUCAGGAUUACUUUCCCAACGACAAGGACCUAUCCAUCAUUAGGUCAAUUGACUUGACCGUGCGGCUAUGGCUCAUGAUCAAUAUCCGUGAUGAGGAGCUUUCGGUGCGCACGCCGUACAAGCCAACGGUACCGUGGGAAGAAAGUUCGUCACUGCAGGACGUGAUCAAGGAUCAAUUCGUUGCCUCCACAAUCCAACGCAGCCAUCGACAGAGUCGACUCAGCCCAUCAUUCACUGUGGCAAAUAUGGAAAAGAUAUGCGGGCUGGAGAUCAAGUGGACGGAGAGCCUAGAGGACCACCUCCGGCUUGACAUAACAACAAAAAGCCUCUGGGUAUUCCCUUACAAGGACUUCCUUGUAGGGCACCUGCAUGCUUCCACUGACUCCGCCAAGAAAAGGCAAGCACUCCGAAAUCGUGGACGGGAGGGCUUUACCUGA